AUGAAGAUGAACGCGAAGAAGAAGAUGAAGGUGAAGAAAGGAUGUGUGGCGGUACAAGUGGGGCUGGAGGACGACGACAACGGCUUUCAGAGGUUCUCGAUCCCAAUCUCAUAUCUGUACCAUCCUCUGUUUCAGAUUCUUCUCGACAAAGCCCGCGAAGUCUAUGGCUACAACGCGUCCGGCCCACUCGUUCUCCCCUGCUCUGUAGACGAUUUUCUUCACCUCCGAUGGCGGAUUCGGAGAGAGCACUCCGGCGCCGGUGGAGGACACAGCCAUCACCGGCGUCCCCUCCCUCCAGCUUCUCUUCUCUCAUUCUAUUCAUGUUAA